AUGCUAGACGGUAAACACACAGUAUCGCAGAAGCUCGUUCUCGUGCUCGGUUACCCCGUCCAUGGAGCCCUCGCCGACCUGGAAUCCCACGACAAAGAGACUCUUCCAUCCUGUGACGGGACCUCUGUUAUCGGGAUGGCCGCGGUUCUCCUCUUAGACCUGAUAUCCCUUUUCGGUCUUCAAGAGUGCAAGGUCCGGAUCGGCGUGCGUGGCUGUAGCUUCUUGAAUGGCGGCGUUGAGCUUGGCGAGGUCGAACAUCAUCUGCGAACAUGGUCGGGACUUGGUCCUGACGAUCUCUGGGCCGUGGAUCUGGCCACCCCGGCCGGUAAUGAUUCUCGGCCGCUCCUGACAGCCUUCGUAGCCGAAAGACUCGCCGUGACACCUGCGGAUCUGACCAUUUUGCGGGGGUUCCCGUCCGCCCUCGAACAGAUGCAAGCGGUGCUGCGAGAGCGGUUACCGGGAUACAUGGUGCCCGCGCUUCUACUGCGCCUAUCUCAUCUCCCUCUUUCAAUAACCCAGAAAAUGGACCGAAGACGGCUAAAGGAGCUCGUUGGGACCCUGAGCAUGCGCCGGCUGACGGAGCUCAUGGGCACCCAGAGCGAGCACGACGCGCGGCCCAUGAACGAGUCGGAGAUCCUUCUUCGGCGUCUCUGGGGCGAGGGCGUGCGCAAGCAGACCAAUAUCCGAGAUGAGCAUCUAGGUAUCGAUCGGGAGUCGGCGCUGCAGACAGCAGUCCAAGCUCUGGGUGUUCAUACUAGUAGUAUCCUAGACAUAUAUCCCUGCACACCCUAUCAGGAGGGUUUGUUGGCCAGCUCAAUGGCGCAGCCGGCCACCUACGUCUCGUCUUUUGUCUUCCGGCUGGCCUCCGAAGUGGGCCUCGACCGCGUGGCCGAGGCAUGGACGACAAUGCAGCAGCAUCACGAAACAUUGCGCACGACUUUUAUCCGGCUUCAUGACGGAACCAUGGCUCAAUUCGUUCUGGCGUCAGGUAGUAAAGUCGAGGUCCACGAUAGCUGGCGGUCCUUUGCCGAGCGGAGGAGGCUGCCACCCAACGAGGUACGCAUCGAGGGAGACCUGAUUGAAGUCCCGUCGCGUGCCUCGUUUAUCAACGAUGCGGGCACCGGUCUCGUGUGUUUAGAGCUGCACCAUGCGCUAUACGAUGGAUGGAGCAUCGAUCGGUUCUUCGCGGGUUUGAACGAGGUCGCUGCCGGUCGGUCGGCUGCCUCCCGGGAUUAUUGGAGAACCAGCCUACAGCAGGCCCAGCCGACGCAAUUCCCCUCUCUGCCCGGGACACCCGGAUGCUACUAUCAGGCCCUGACCGCAGACCGGAUACAGCUUGAGGUGUCGUUGGAGUCGACGCGAGACCUGCGGUGGCGCACGUCGGAGAUCCAGCUAGCCUGGGCAAUGACGGCGGCGCAAUAUACAAGCAACGAGGACGUCGUUUUCGGGCUGGCACUCAAUGGCCGGUCCGACACAAUGCCGGACAUUCUCAACGUCAGCUGGCCGACCAUGUGCGCCGUGCCCUAUCGCGUUGUCGUGCUGCCUGAUCUCACAGUUCAGGAGGCCUUGACUCAACUGCACGACCAGUCCAUGGCGAUGACGGACCACGAGCAGUUGGGUCUACAGGAAAUCACUGCGCUAGGGGCAAGCUGCGCGAGAGCCUGCGAGUUUCAGACGCUGAUGGUCGCGCGAUCCAACUUCGAUCAGCGUCACCUCUACGCACUGACUCUGCAAUGUGUCAAACGGGCCGACGCCGUCCAGGUGAUCGCCGACUUCGAUCCGAAGGCCAUAUCUCGCGAUCGCCUCCUGCGUGUCCUUUGGCAGUUCCGGCAUCAGCUGCAGCGUUUGACUUCGUUGUCCGCUCGUGGCAUACCCCUGCGCGACUUGGCCGAUCCGUCUGCGGAGGAUGUUGACCUUCUGCAACGCUGGAAUGGCCCGUCGCCGCUCCGGGUGGAUCGUUGUCUGCACGAGAUCAUUACGAGUGACCAGGUUCGGCAGUGCCCCGAGGCUCUAGCUGUGGAUGCUUGGGAUGUGUCUUUCUCCUAUGCCGAGUUAGAUCUAUGGGUAGAUCGACUGGCUUCAACCCUAAGAGCCCGUCUGGGCCAUGCACCAGGAACUGUCGUCCCACUCUUGUUUGAAAAGUCUGGAUGGACGAUCGUCGCUCUCCUGGGUACUUUGGAAGUCGGGUUGGCCUUCUGUCUGCUGGACGUCUCGCACCCGGCGUCUAGACUGCGAUUUAUGGUCGAAGAUACAGCGGCCACGCUAGGGAUCGCAUCGCCGCGACAGGUGGCCCUAGCCAGGAGCAUUCUGCCCGAUGUUCUCAUACUGAAUCCGACCUCACUGCCACUAGAACUCUCAGAGCUCCUUUCAGGACAAUCCGUCCAACCUAAAGACCCGGCCUACGUCAUCUUCUCCAGCGGCUCGACCGGUCAGCCGAAAGGAGUCGUGAUCUCGCAUCGCGCCUACGCAAGCAGCGCUCAUGCCCACGCCUCUCCCUUCCAGAUCAAUCGCUACUCGCGCGUGCUCCAGUUCGCCUCGUAUGCCUUUGACGCCAGUAUCGUCGAGAUCCUGACGCCGUUGGUCUCUGGUGCGUGCAUAUGUGUGUUGUCGGAAGACGAACGCGCCAACGAGCUGGCCGCGGCAGCUACAAAGAGAAGCGCUUCCGUCGCUUUCUUCACACCCUCGCUUCUUCUUCUGUAUAGGCCUGCCGACUUCCCGACGCUCCGCACCGUGAUCAUGGACGGCGAGUCCGCCGACCCAUCUGUCCUCGUCACCUGGAGCCCGGGUCUGAGCCACCUUGUAAACGGCUACGGACCGUGCGAGUGCGCCGUUGUCUGCGCCAUCAAUCCAGCCAUCUGCCAUCCGUCGGACCCCGUCCACGGCCCCGUGGCCAUCGGCGCCGUCGGGGAGGUUCUGGUCGAGGGCCCCGUGGUCGGAUCGGGGUAUCUGAAUCGCCCCGCGCAGACAAGCGCUGCCUUCGUGGACGCCCCGGCCUGGUUGGCGCUUUACCGCGAUCCCGGCCAUAAAGGUGAGGAUGGUACGACUCGAGUCAAUCGCACGGGCGAUCUGGUAUAUCAGGAGUUCGUCGGUUCGUUGGUGUAUGUGGGGCGGAAGGAUAAUCAAGUGAAGAUCCGGGGACAGCGCGUCGAGCUGGGGAAAAUUGAGACGCGCAUUAUAGCGGCGACAGGGCUGCGUGGGGGCGCCGUAGCCGUGAAGACCCUUACGCUGGACGAUUCGACCGAUACAGACCCGCAGAUUGUGGCCUUCCUGGAUGACCAGUUAUGUGGCCUGGAAGAGAGGGUUGGUCGUAUGUUAUCGAAGGACGACGGGUCAGACAAAAUCAAGCAGACCCAGGAUCAAUGCAUCAUCCGUCCUGCAACGGCCGCGUGGAUCUCCAAGAUGCAAUCCGUCGAGAGCCACCUCCGAGUGAAUCUCCCUUCCUUCAUAGUACCGACCUACCUCGUGCCCAUCCAGCGCAUCCCUCUCUGCGGGGCUGAUUGUGCUGCCACGUAUUAUGCAUGGGACGAGAGGGCACGCGGACUGCGCGCUCUCUGGGCAAAGGCUUUCGGUAUCCCCGAAGACCGCGUGGGUCCGGAUGACGGGUUCCAGGCACUAGGAGGCAAUUCCUUAGUGGCAAUGAAGCUGGUAGGCAUGGCACGCCGUAAAGGUUUUGCGGAUUUGACGGCGGCGAAGUUGUUGCAGGGGGCGAGAAUUCGGGAUUUGGUUGAGGUUGAGAAAUGA